AUGACGCGACUUAGUAUUGCUGCGUCCGCAUCCCUUCAUCUACUACGCUACUUCACGCCUGUAUUUCUUUCUUCCGCUUCCGCCUUCAUUCUUUCUUUCAUUCUUUUUACUUUAUUUCUCUUUCCCUUUCUUUCUUUUUACUUUUACUUUUACUUUCUUUCUUUCUUUUUUCUUUCUUUUUUUCUUUCUUUUUUCUUUUUUCUUUCUUUUUUUCUUUCUUUUUUCUUUCUCUUUUUCUUUCUUUUUUUCGUUCUUCAUUCAUUCUUUUUUUCUUUCUUUCUUUCUUUUUUUCUUUCUCGUUUUUUCCUUCCUUCCAGUUCUUUCUAUCGCGUUCUCGUUUUGUCUCCGCCUCUCCCUGCUAUGUACCAUUUUUCUUCUUCGAUUUCCCGCCAUUUCUUUAUACCUUUCCAUUGUCUUACAUGUUUCUCCUUCCCUCUAUAUGUUCGUUCAGCUGUUAUUAUGAACGUCCUAUGUGCCUUUUAUUACAUUCCCAUUUUCAUACAAACUGCUUUCAUUCUCAAAUCUGUUUCUUUUUCAUUCUGCUAUUCGCAAGUAAUGCCAUUACCGUCGUCUUUUAUGGACUCCCAAUUGAUUGGAACACUUCUAUGA